GGAUGGUGAGGUAGAUCCCGAUGCGCGAUGGGCGCACCUAUCUUCAACUUGAGAUCUAACCCCAACCUAAGUGUCUGAAAGAGAUUUAUAAUAUCUGCACCGGAUGGCGUUUGUUGGAUAUCCUAUCGUUAUGCUUGCACACUUGUCAGCGAUGGUCGUAGUUCUAUACCCACAGCUACUCAGAAUCUCUUUCUUCUCUGUUCUCCUUUCUCGAAGACAAGCUCGUAUUGUGGCGCAAGACAGCGCCCGCAUGGUUCUUGCGGCUUCCCCACAAAGGAAACUUUUUCGGCAUGUCAAUCUAAUGACGCUUUUGGAAGUUUACACUUUUGAAACAUCUAGCGCUCAGACAUCCACAUCGGCUAGUCGAUCAUUCGGUCCUGCCUUGCUUACGUACGCACUAUAUUGGCCUAUAAAGCCCCACACUACUGUAUGACUACCCCAGUAGUCUGUAGUGAGCGGAGUGAAGUCUAGGGAGAUGUUCCGAGUGGUCACCAUAGCUAUACUAGAUUGAGAUCUAACCCAAGUCGAGAAGCCGAAGCUUCACCACGUAUCCUAGGAAAGCCUUGUUAGGCAACAAAGUCAUCGCGGUUACGCGGUCA